UUUUUUUGGUUUUUUAAAUUCUAGAUGAAACUAUUUUGGACUGUUUAGCAGAGAAACAUCACACAUCAUCCUGUCUUAGUAGGAUUAUCACCCUCGGGCGCAUUGACACCCUCGGGUAAAAAGCAUACUAAGACAGGAUUAUUUGUGAUGUCUACCUGCUAAACAGUCCAUAAUUGUAUAUCAUAUCGUAUUAUCAAUUGAACUAUCCCGAAACAGAAUUGCUGCAUUCAUCUAUUUCAUCGUUAUCAAAUCCACAUAGAUAAAUCAAUGUUGACACUGAGCGGAAGUCAUCAGCUGAUAAUAACAUAGGAGGAAGAAAUGACGAGUAACUUAACAAAGUCUAAAUUAGGUAAGUCAAUUCAUCUUUUCUCAGGUGUAAUAAGCUGAUGGCGGGAUCAUUUGUUAUUAUUGUAAAACACCGGUUACUAGUGGUACAUAUACUUAGAUAUAUACAGUGGUGUUGGUUUAGAUUUAUGCUAUCAGAUGUGGUUACAUGUAUAAUCUCGCCCUAUGUAGAUAAUGAAUGAGUAAAUCGCAAUGUUGACUUAUCACUCAAAAGAAUGCAUUCUUAUAAACAAUGUAAUGGAUUAUCAAACUUGUACGUUUUGUUCGAUGCGUUUCAAAGGUUGUUUGUUGUUCCUUGUCACCGUAGCUUUUCUUCUGGUACAAAAUAUUUAUUUGAGACAGAACCAGAUCAAAAUUGAACAUACUGCUAUACAGGACAGCCCACGUCGUGAAAUUACAACACAUUUGUCCUCCACAAUUCUGAACGAACGUCGAGAAGAAAGUGAAAACAAACACCGCUAUAACUUAAUAAACAUUUCCACGACUCAGAUCGCGAAACCUCUACAAACACACGUUAGAACCGGAAGAUCUCUGCCUGUUGGAUGCAUGAUAUUCAAUGGCAGAUUAGGGAAUCUCAUGUUCAAAUAUGCUUUUCUCCACGUGAUGUCUAAAACCAAAAAUUUAUAUCCUAUACUACCAGAUGAUUUUGAAUUGGCUAGGUAUUUUACUUUACCUGUUUAUGAAUCUCAAGAACAGAACAGUAGAAGAGCAGAAUGCAACACAAUAGCACAGGAAGCGGCACAGGAAGCGGAGCGGUGGUCUUGUUCAUACGACGACAAAUUUUUAAAAAUGUCCUCGAAUAAGAAGGUGUAUUUUCUUGGAUAUUUUCAAUCCUGGAAAUAUUGGAUAAAACACGAAGAUGAAAUCCGAAAGAUCUUCACGUUCAACACUGAAAUUGAAGAAGAAGCAAACGAAAACUUAUCAAAUAUUUUGAAUGAAAUGGGAUUCAGAGACUCUUCAACGGGUGUAGUUGUCGGGAUACAUUCUAGAAGAGGCGAUUAUUUAUCCAAACCAGCCAUGGAUUACGGCUACAUUACUCCAAAUGAAACUUACUAUCUGAAUGCAAUGAGGUAUUUCAGGGAAAAAUUUCCAACAAAGCGAAUAUUCUUCAUAGCCGCCUCCAAUGACAUUGAUUGGUUACGACAAAAGCUCAACAAGGAAGAGAACGUCUUUUUUCUGCAGGAAAACCAACCAUUUAUGGACAUGGCUAUUCUGGCACUCUGUGAUCACGUGAUAAUGUCGUCAGGAACGUUUGGUUGGUGGGCGGGAUGGAUGACAAAGGGGAUUGUCGUGUAUUAUAAACAUAUCUUUGUACCAAAGUCUUACUUUUCCCAUGCAUUUCGAGGUGGUGAUAUUUCAGAUUUUAUCUACCCUGGUUGGGUAGGAAUGACCUGAUUGAUUUUCCCAGGAUGUUUAGAAGAAAAUCUCUAUCCAUUAUUCUUGAACUUUGUCACUGCAGGGCUAUCCAUGAAUUCUACAAUCCUCUGAAUUUUGCCAUUUCUGUUCACGGUUCUCUUGAAUCAAGGAGUGGAAAUGAUGGAGUGAACCACAUAUUGCUACCUCAUCUCUUAACAAGUGCUUUUCUGUUGGAGAUACAAUUAAAAUUAUGUUACAGGGGGCUCAACAGUCUCGUGUAAAGUCAGCAUAUCGCAAAUUAUAUCCUCUUAUACCAAUACAAUUUUUCAUUAGGACGAAUGCUGUCUGACAUGUUUCAUACCAAAUUAUUUAGCUGUUCUUUACACACUUAUUUUAUUUACGGAUUACUGUUUACCUGAUCAAGAUAGCACGGCGAUUUGACCGGUCAACAGGGGAUGCUUACUCCUCCUAGGUACCCGAUCUCAUCUACAAUAUGUCCAGGAGUCCGUGUUUGUCCUGUUGUCAAUUUUGUAUAAUUCUUUAUAAGAUUUAUGAGAUUUACCACUGUUCUUUAUAAAAUCUAUGAGAUUGA